AUGAGUCCGUCUCCUGCAGUACCAGACUCUAGCUCCCCUCCCAUCAUCCUACUCGCUUCAGAGAUAUCCCGUCCAAUCAUCCUGCUCGCGCUUAGAAAAUCACAUCCCAAGAAUCCUUGUCGCAUCAGCGGGGAUCCCCUUCUAUCAUCCAUCUCGCAUCUUGGAGACCCCUCUCACCAUCCUACUCGCAUCAGGGUGAUCCCCCCACCAUCCUACUCGCAUCAGGGUGAUCCCCUCCCACCAUCCUACUCGCAUCGGGGAGAACCACUCCCACCAUCCUAUUCGCAUCAGGGGAGAUCCCCUCCCACCAUCCUACUCGCAUCGGGAGAACCACUCCCACCAUCCUACUCGCAUCAGGUGAUCCCCUCCCACCAUCCUACUCGCAUCAGGGUGAUCCCCUCCCACCAUCCUACUCGCAUCGGGGAGAACUACUCCCACCAUCCUACUCGCAUCAGGGUGAUCCCCUCCCACCAUCCUACUCGCAUCAGGGAGAUCCCCUCCCACCGUCCGACUCGCAUCAGGGAGAUCCCCUCCCACCGUCCGACUCGCAUCAGGGUGACACCUCCCACCAUCCUACUCGCAUCAGGGAGAUCCCCUCCCACCAUCCUACUCGCAUCAGGGGCGACCCUCUUACACCAUCCUACUCGCAUCAGGGUGAUCCCCUCCCACCAUCCCACUCGCAUCAGGGUGAUCCUUCCCACCAUCCUAUACUCGCAUCAGGGAGAUCCCCUCCCACUAUCCUACUCGCAUCGGGGAGAACCACUCCCACCAUCCUACUCGCAUCAGGGUGAUCCCUCCCCACCAUCCUACUCGCAUCAGGGUGAUCCCCUCCCACCAUCCUACUCGCAUCAGGGAGAUCCCCUCCCACCAUCCUACUCGCAUCGGGGAGAACCACUCCCACCAUCCUACUCGCAUCAGGGUGAUCCCCUCCCACCAUCCUACUCGCAUCGGGGAGAACCACUCCCACUAUCCUACUCGCAUCAGGGUGAUCCCCUCCCACUAUCCUACUCGCAUCAGGGUGAUCCCCUCCCACCAUCCAACUCGCAUCAGGGAGAUCCCCUCCCACCGUCCGACACGCAUCAGGGAGAUCCCCUCCCACCGUCCGACUCGCACCAGGGAGAUCCCCUCCCACUAUCCUACUCGCAUCGGGGAGAACCACUCCCACCAUCCUACUCGCAUCAGGGUGAUCCCCUCCCAUCAUCCUACUCGCAUCAGGAUGAUCCCUCCCCACCUUUCACUCGCAUCAGGGUGAUCCCCUCCCACCAUCCUACUCGCAUCGGGGAGAACCACUCCCACCAUCCUACUCGCAUCAGGGUGAUCCCCUCCCACCAUACUACUCGCAUCAGGGUGAUCCACUCCCACCAUCCUACUCGCAUCAGGGUGACCCCAUCAGCCUACUUGCUUGAUGGACCCCUCUGUAAGCCAGCAUUGUUAUGCUAA